AUGUCCCAGAAAAAGAGCAGCCAAGGCGCCAUGGGGCAAAAGCUGACCUCAGAGCGCGACUCUUCGAAUAAAUCCAAGUCCUGCUAUAUCUGCAAGGCUGCUAGUGAUAAGCUCCUGGAGUGCGUCUCUUGCGGCAAGUACUGUGACCCCGUCUGUGCGUGGGUCGAUGCUCAGGAACUUCCAACUGUUUGGAAAUGUGCUGAGUGUAAAAGCAAAACUCAACUGUCACCUGCACCUGACAUGGGCAUGGGCAUGGACAUGGACACGGACUCUACAUCAGAAUCAUCGGUCGACUCUGUGAUUAUUAUGAAAGGGUCAACCAAAAAAGCGACAUCUACCCCUUCUCCUCUCAAAGUCAGCGACAAGGCGGCUCAGAAGUCUGAAAUAACUACUCCAAAAGCUGUCUCUAAACGCCCCCUAGACACACCCAAACCACCAUCACCACCGCUAGUCGUCAUCAAAAGCUCGAAGAAAAAGUCGGAGUCUGGCUCCCCAAGCAAGCGUCAGAAGAAGUCCAACUCGUCCAAACAGCCGGUAAAGGACAUGGAAACGCAGACAGUCACUUCUAGCGAGAUGCAGUUGUCGAGUUCAAAUCAACCAAAUGAACUCCAGACGGCGCUUCAUACCAUUCAAAGUCACCUCGAUCAGGUCCAUGUGCUUCGUGCGCGCAACGCCGGACUCACCGCUGAAAAUAAGACUCUGAAGGAGCGUGCCAAUAACGAGGAAGAGACGUCCUGGGAGUUGAAGGAAUACAACGAAAAUCUUGAAGCGCAGAUCAAAGAGUUAAAGGCCGAACGUGACGAACUUCAAGACAAGCUGCACAAGAUUCGACGUCUCUCUGGCAUUGCUAUGCUAGACAAUGACGAUGCUUAA